CAGAGGACCAAGGUUUGAGGGACUAUUUAGGAGUAUUGACAUGACAUGACCUUUUACAGGAAAGGUCUUGUUUGACAAAUAAGAUUAAAACCGUAGGGACACUCUUUACAGUUAAUAACUUCUGUCACAAGGCUAUCAUUACAUGCUGUUUAUUAAUCUCUUACUGUGGGUGGAAGUUUCCAUAUUAACACGAGCAAUGAGCCAACAACAUUCCAAUAACCAGUACUGGGUAUUUUAUAACUCUUCCCUCAUUUUCAAAGUGAAAGUAUUGUAGUGUUUAAUAUCUGUGCAUAUCUCAGAAAAAUCACUGCGAUCUUAAACCUUCACCCAGUGGAGACAAACAGAGCUGGAUGAUGGGUGGUGUUAAUGUUAUACUACUGGUGCUGCUGGUCUGGACCUUCACUGCUGUCUCUGAAGCCAAUAUUGAUAUCACAAUUAAGUGUGAAAAUGUGACUGCACAUGUGGGAGAUGAAAUAACGUUCACCUGCACGGUCUCUUAUCCAAGCUAUACAUGCUGCACAGAAAUGUACAAGUUUAUGAAUAUAACAGCAGAUAAAGGCCAAACAAUCUGUAAAGAGGAGUUCAGAAAUGAUUCCUGCAUACAGCUGAGCAGAUUUUCAUCUCCUUACACUGCAGAUAAACCCAUGACAACAAAACUCCAAUUCUUUUUGCAAGCCAACUGUGGUCAUGAAACAACAUAUUUCACUAUGCAUAUAGCAGAAGCUGUUAAAGAUGACACAGCAGGGGACUUAAACAGAUUCACAGGUGAAGGGUUUGGUGAAUCUACAAAGGAAACUUCUAGUCAAACAGCCGUCAUCAUUUCUGUCAUGUGUUUGAUCAUCAUUAUCAUGGGAUUAAUUUACAAGAAGAAGCUCAACUUCAUCAACACUUGUGGAUUUCAGAAGGAUUAUAAUAUGGAUGUGCAUGAAAAAAUCCUCAGUAAUUGUUCAGAUAGGGAAACAGUAGACAUCAAUAUGUAAUAUAUUCAAGUUUUAACUAAAAAAACAGCAUAUAUGCAGGAGAUAAAACCAUUUGUGUGUACAUACGAGAUCAAAUCUACUGACUGUUGAAGACUGUGGUUGUAAGUUUUAUUGUGUUUAUUGUAUUUUAUUUCUGUGAUGUAUUAUUAUUAUUGAUAUGUUUGAUCAUCUUAAAUGUAAAUUUCUGCAUAUUAAGAAGAAAUGAUUUUACAUCAACUCUUGUUUUGCAUUGAUCUGAGUAGAAACAUACAUUUGUGUUUCAUUUCAUCUAUUACAUUAUUUCAUUUAUCAUUAAAUCAAUUCUUUCAUUUAUUUAUUUAUCAGUUACUUUUUAUUAUUUUUAUAUUAUAUUCAUUUUAUUUGAUCUAAUCUGUAAAAAAUGCAUCAUGAGUUAAAACCACUUAAUUUUGCAAGUCAAUUCAAUGUACUUUUUAAAGUUUAACCUGUAAUAAGUUAACAUAUCUUAUAAAAAACAAGUUGACUUAACUUAAAUUGUAAAGUUGAUUUGACAAUAAUGCUUUUUACAGUGUAGUUAUUCUAUUCUACAUUACAUUUCUUAAUAUUGGUAAAAUCUUAUGUUAAAUUGUCUGAUAUGAGUCUCCACUGGUCGUCAUCUCAAGGUUUUUAUUAAAGU